AAGCUUCAAUAAUUUCAAAUACAUUUCCACGGACCUUAUAACCACCGAUUUAGGCUCUUCCAACCUCUAAUCUCAGAUACACAGCACUAUUAUCAUACCCAGUCAAUCGAGGUCAAUCAAUUCGCGCCGAUAUAUCAUCUUCUUUGUCUGCCUUGGUCCCUUGUUGACCAUGUUCGCCUCGGGCACCAUAUCCAUGAUGCCCUCGUUUUUGGCACGCCUUAUUCGUCCUUUUUCCUCGAGCACCCACCUCGGCCUCACUCCCGACACGGUCGCGCAAAAAUACCCAGCCAAUGCGCAGCUCGCGACCGUUGCAGCGGGAUGUUUCUGGGGCGUAGAGCACAUGUACCGCAAGGCAUUCGCGGGCAAGGGUCUGCUGGAUGCUAAGGUCGGAUAUAUUGGAGGAGAUGCAAAGCAUCCUAGCUACCGCCAGGUCUGCACCGGCAGCACAGGACAUGCCGAAGCUCUCCAGAUAGUCUUUGACCCUGAGCAGGUCUCAUAUCGCCAGCUUCUCGAGUUCUUCUAUCGCAUGCACGACCCUACUACGCUAAAUAGCCAAGGCCCGGACGUUGGAACGCAAUAUCGCAGCGCCAUCUUUUUCUAUACCGACGAGCAGGAGCGCAUUGCCAAGGACAUUACGGAGAAGGUUCAGAAAGAGUGGUGGAAGAAGAAGCUCAGUACGGAGAUUAUCCCUGCUGGAGAGUGGUGGGAUGCUGAGGACUACCACCAACUCUACCUUGACAAGAACCCUUCUGGAUAUGAGUGCCCGUCUCACUUCCUACGAAAAUUUGAACCCCUCUCUUCAUAAUAGGCUAGGGCGAUUUAUGUGUAUCCUAGGAUUGCACACAUAUUAUGUGGUCUAUGCGAAUUCCUUGUCCUCACUUCUGUCUUCUCACAAUGUGAUUGUGACUUUCUUUGACAGUUCAAACCAAGU